AUGUCAUCCCUUUUUAGAUCAGAAGAGAUGACAUUAGCCCAGCUCUUUCUUCAAGCUGAGGCGGCAUAUUCCUGCGUUAGCGAACUCGGAGAAUUGGUAAGAAAGAGUAGUAAUCUCCGCCAUCUUGUUUUGAUCGAACAUUUAUCAUUUUUGCUCUCUACUUUUCCAGUAUUUUGAUAACUGAUCGGUUAACUUUUAUGACUAAACACUGAUUUCCUCUUAUCCCCUCUUUUUUUUGUUUUUGUUUUUUUUUUUCUCACGUAGGGUCUUGUGCAAUUUCGAGAUGUAAGUAUUGAUCAAACAUUGAUUAUUAGAUCGCAACAUCGUACCUGAUCUAUGCAAUUAGAUCGUAAUAUUCAUUUCAUUUUUUCGUACCUUUAUGUAAUUAGCUCGCCACCUUCCUUCAUUAGAUCGUAUCUGUAUGCAACUGGAUCGUAAUCUUCAUCCCAUUAUAGAUCGUAUGCAAUUAGAUCGUAUCAAUUUAGUUUGUUCCAACACUCAUGAGAGUAGAUUGACUUUGUUCUGUGCUUUCGAGGCUUGGAAAAAACUUGGAAGAAAGUCUUCUGCCAAAAGUGCAAGAGGCCCAGCAAUUGCUUGCCAUUCUCGACAGGGAUGAGUAUUCUAACUGUGCAAGUUUCCUCUAAGCAUCAACAGUACAGAACAAAGCCAAUCUACUCUGUACCUAGCAAAGUCAAUAUAGACCUUGUCACGGUUUUCGACACCAUCUUGACGAGUAGGCAAACGCGUGAAAAAUUCCAUUGUUUGUAUGAGCAUCUAAUGUUGAAUAAUUUCCGUAAAACGACUGUUCUGUAAAUAAAAAAUGCGAAUUUUAAACUAAAGCUUUACUUCUAAGGAUUCUACUGAAAAAUAUUGAGGGCAUUACAUGCGCUAGAAGACCUAGAACCACUUUUUAAAAUUUUUUAUACAUUUGUCUGUUAGAAAGUCCUGGGAAAAAUUACAGACAAAUAUAUGGAAAAUCUUAAGCAAGCUGCUGGAGAAAUUAAGGCGCAGGUAUGCCCCAAAAUUUUUUAGUGCAAUCCUUUGCUUUGUAGCUUUAGUUUACAUUUCAUAUUUUUUUCAGAAGAGCCAUUUUACGGAAAUUAUUCGACAUUAGAUUCUGAUACAAACACUGUAGAUUCUCACAUGUUUCCCUACUCUUGAUGAUGGCUUCGAAAACCGUGACAAGGUCUAUUGACAUUGGACAUUGUUUUUUGGAAGAAACAACUGGAGUAUCCCUCAUGUAGCCCAAGGUAAUAUGUCUCAUAUGAUCAUGAGUUUGAGGCUUAAUUUCUAUGCUUAACCACUGACUCAGUUUUAUUACGAUCCAAUGGAAUGUUGUUCCCUUGGAGGUACAGUCAAAUACAAGGUACUGGUACAAUCUAAUGGCAAAAAGGGAUAAUCCAAUGGUAUAAAGGUACAAUCUCUGGGCAUGAGGGUUGGAGCAAAAGGAUGAUUGCAAUCUAAUUGCAUAUAGGUACAAUCUAAUGGAGUGAAGGUUGCAAUCUACAGGGUUUGAGCCAGGCUGCACCAUUGCACCAAUCCCGCACUGCAAUUGAAAUUGUCCCUUGAAAAAACGGCCAAGGGGACAAUUUGUCCCCUUCAAAAUUUAGGGAAAAAACUUGAAAAGAGGCCAACACGAAGACUUAGUUCAGUACAGAAAUUGCAAGCUAAACAAUACGUGGAAAGUAUAUUUUAUCGCACGUUUAAAAAGUUCAUUCUAAAGUCACAUUUCAGUAACGCUUUACUGAACAUGUACAUCUCAUGCUCAAGCAAGCAUGGUGAACGCUCCUGGCAAUCUUUAACUUGUCACAUCGAAAACGUGUUUGCUACCCAUCGUAGUGAUGAAGUCCAAAAUUUAAUUAAGCUUUGUCAAGUUGCACUUGUUAUUGCCUACUAAUACGGCUGGCUGUGAAAGAGGUUUUAGCACACAGAAUAGAAUUAAGAAUACUUUGAGAAUCAGACUGAAAGCUGAGAGGCUGGAUGUCCUCAUGGCCAUUGACAUUGAGGGCCCACCUUCCAAGGACUUUGACUUUUCUACAGCCCUUGAUGUUUGGGCUAGAACCAACAGAAGAAUUAGUACUUGUUCGUCUAUCAGUAAUUAAGAAAGGAAUUGAAGUUUACAAGGGGAUGCUCAGACAAGAUUCUGCUCUGAAGUGUUUUGAAGUGUAAAGCAUGGUCAUUGAUCCUCUGUUUAAAUAUGAAGAGAAAAAAAAAAGUCUUGGCACCAAUAACUUAACUUUUUUUUGUUUGUAUCACUUUUCUUGUAUUACAAGGAUCAGGUAAGAAAAAAAAAUGUUUUUGUUGGCUUGCCUGUAUGAGUGCAAAAAAAAAAAUGAUGACUAAAAAUUAAUUUGUCUGUCCCCCUAAAAAUAAAAAUGUCCCCCAAUAUUUUAGCCAAGGGGACAAAAUGUCCCCCAGUAAUCAAAUCCUAGCUCAAACCCUGCAAUCUAAUUGCAUUUUUGACUGGAAUACCCCUCCAUAGAUGUAUUAGAUCUAGAUGUUUAUGGUUCUUUUGGGGCAUGUCUGAUUAGAAUGACAGAUAAAAGAGAAGCCUUGGGUUCAAAACUUUGCAGUGAUAUCUCUCGCCUAUGGCUUGUGGCGUCCACCAUCUUUGAACAUUCUUACGUCAUUUCUAUGGUCAAUGAGAACACAGACCAUGGAAAAGUGUUGUUGAUUUGUUAAUUUAUUAUCUUACAAAGAGCUCCACUGGGACCUGCCUCCAUUUUCAAUAAGUCUCCAGAUAUGCCAGCUGCAGUUUAGUGGCCACUGUUGGAGAAGCAAGAAUGAGAUUGUUUCCCAACUACUUCUUUGGGAACUAAAACACGGUAGAUGAUGCAGGGGUUCACCCAGCAAUGGCAUUUAUUGACCAAGUAGAGAGUGAUACCGAUCUUAAGAGGUAGAAACUUCUGUCUGUCAUGGCUAACAAAAGACAUUGGAAGAAACUUUUUAAAUCGUGUUGGUGUGCCCAAAAUAGACAGAUACAGUGUAAGGUAGACAACUUUCUAAGAUAGACACUUAAUGCAGAUUCCAGUCAUGUCCAUCUUGGAAAUGGUUGACCAUAAAUGUUUGUUGUCACUGUUUUUCUUUCUUAUACGGAUGGUUUUCUUGUCAGCUUAAUCCGGAUGUGAAUGCCUUUCAACGCAAAUUUGUCAACGAAGUCAGACGAUGUGAAGAAAUGGAAAGAAAACUCAGUAAGUGAAUACCGAUUAGCUAUUACUAGUUCCAAAACUGUCACUUUCAAAACAAGGCCAUAAGUGUGAAACCUUCUUGUGAAAGUAAGUUUUAGUUGCAUGAGAAUAAAAAAGUCAUUUUCAUGUCAGUGGCUUUGCACUUUUAGCCUCGAUUUGAAACAGAGGCGUAAGACAUCUCAGUAAUGGCCUCUUUUAGGUUGGAUGUAAACGUCUGUGCGAAAACAUAUGACCUGUAAUUUAAGAGUGCUAUGUGGUUGUUUGUAUAAAUAUAGGUGUAGGAUGCCAUACAUUCAUAUUCCCUCAAGGAAUCAAAAUGUUUUAUUAUGUUUGUUUCAUGCUCAUAACAUUACAAAUAUAGCCGAGUAUUAUUCUUACAACUCUUUUUAAGUAAUCAGCAUCGCUACUCAGAACUCUAUAUGUUUUUCUCAAGUACAUGAAUUGAAAUGAUUUACAAUGUGUUUUGGCAGGAUUCUUGAAAAAAGAAAUUGAAAAGGCUGAUAUCCAUGUUAGUGAUACUGGAGAAAAUCCCGAGGCACCUCAUCCAAGAGAAAUGAUUGAUCUUGAGGUGAGUUAGUUAAUAACCUUGACAUAAAUGAGAUAUAAAAUGUGCAGUCAUCAACAACAUUUCCUUUUUUCUAACUUAUUUAACUAUUAUUCUUUAGGCUCAGUUUGAACAGCUUGAGAAUGAAAUGAAAGACAGCAAUGCUAACUAUGAAGCUCUGAUGAAAAGCUUCCUGGAGUUGACAGAACUCAAACACAUUUUGCGCAAGACGCAGACCUUCUUUGAAGAGGUGAUGCUCUUUCAAUCUGUAUGUUUUUUUGUAAACUUCAUUUGCCAUUAACUUAGAUCAGUUGCUAAGUGAUGAUAACCUUUUCAUGGACAGAAAAAUAAGUUAUUAAGCAAUUUUUUGUCUAUAAAAAGGUUGGCACUGAAAACCCCAUUUAUUUUUCUACUAUCUACUGUACUUACACUGUAUGAAAUGCAUUCACGUUUUGCAGAUUAUAUGGAAGGUCAAACUGCUUACACUUUACAUGGCCAUUCUUUCAUCAUACAUCAGCACCUUUAAAAUACAAAUACAUGUAGCUGUAUUUUAACAGAAAAGCAUAACUUUUGUGGGUCAAUCUCGCAUGUGGUUUACAUGCAAGUUUUAUUAGGGCAAUUAAAAGGUAGAAUCCAUUAGUUGUAACCUUACUACAGGAUCUACUGUACUAGCCAAAGCUAAUUGACACUAUUUUCUAGGCAUGUUCCUCUGAUGUAGCUUGACUUUUGUGAAGAUCAUGUGAAAACAAAAAAUUAAUUAAUUAUUGAUUGCUACUUCUGUGUCAAAAUCUAUUUAUUUUCACCAAAUUGGCAACCCCGCCAAAAUUUAGUUACCAUGGUAGCCACUAUGAUUGUAUAAGCCUUAUACAAUAAGAAUAUGUAUUUGUUAGCUGUGAAUAUUGGGUAGUAUUAGAACACAGUGUUGUGUUGGUAACUUUGGUUAGGCCGAACUUCACGUGCAUAAUCAACAACAGAUCCACGAACCGCAGGGCACUGAUGAUAUGCAAGCUCUGUUGAGAGAAGAAACAAGAGGAUCAGCCACAGCCACAGCAACUCAACUAGGGUAAGUGACAGCAAUGACUUUUUAGGGUGAUGUUUUCUAUUGUCUUUAACCUCUUACAAGAAACCACUUGAUACGUCUGAUCUUAAUGUUCACUGAAUUAUGUUGACUAAGCCACUCGGAGUAACUUCACAGGUCAUAAUGUAGAAACUGAAUGCAGUAAUACCUUACUAAAAAGUGAAUCUGUCAGGAUCUCUUUUCAUUAAAGACCCAUGUUCUACAUGUAUACCCAGGGUACUCAACAUAUGGUUUUUCCUGGUUACCCUCGAGCAAAAGUUAAAGGGUGUAUUACAGUCUGUAUGUCCCUGUAAGUUUAAAGGGCAGUAACUAAUUUUGCUUGUAAACUGCACAGGUUUGUGACUGGGGUGAUAGCUCGUGAGAAAGUACCUACAUUUGAACGUCUUCUAUGGCGUGCUUGCCGUGGGAAUGUGUUCUUUAAACAAGCCGAGAUUGAGACUCCUCUUGAAGACCCAAGCACAGGAGACCAGGUUAAUAAAUGUGUCUUCAUCAUCUUCUUUCAAGGAGAUCAGCUUAAGAGCAGAGUAAAGAAGAUAUGUGAGGGGUAAGUGAAUUUUUCAUUGACUUAAAAACAGUCCAGUGCGGUAGAUGAUUUUUCAAUAUUUAGAAUGGAAUGUGAAAUACACAGCAAUAGUAGGCAGUGAGAUACAUUGUGUACAAAGUUGAAAUUAAAGGUCUGAUCACAGCAUAGUUAGCCAGACACUCCUGCUAAAAAUUAUCAUUAUCACUAAUAAAUAAUCUGUCUUCCAGUCAUUAAACAAAAAUCAACAAGUAGCCAGCACAAUAAUGUCCAAGGUACAUGUAUCUUGUCAAUUGUUUUGACUGCCUGCUGUUAGGGAAACGCUAAAAAAAACUAAAGAAAAUAAGAUUAAUUCACUUCAAUGAAGUUAUACCACAAUGUUUUAGAGCGACACAAAGCUAGCAAUAAAUGACAUAUCUAAAAAACAUAGUCUGUGAACAUUAUUUACUUUCAUACUGUAAAUCCUUCAUUAAGCCCCCCCCCCCCCACCCAAAUUAUUCUUCACUGUUAAAUGAGGGACUGUAUGAUCUAUCACCACUGUAAAACUUCAUGGGGAAAUAACCGGUAUGGGUUAUUUACCAACUGGAAGUUCAGAUUUGAUUCUGAUCCUCAGCUGCAUGACCUCCAACCUUUUUGUUCUUGAGCUUCUCUGCUUUGUAUUGUAGUUUUUAAUGGAGAACUGAUACCAUCCUUUUUACUAAGUUAAAUAGGCCAUUCUCUCAAAUAAGCCCCCUGUCUCUAUUAAGCCCCACCUCAAAUAGGCUUGAUAUGAAUGAGCCCCCCCCCCCCCCCCCCCCCCCCGGGGGGUGUGGGGGGUUUUUUUUUUGGUUUUUUUUUUUUUUUUAAAUACCAUCACUUUUUUUUUUGAUAUUAAAAUUUUUUAUAUGUUAUUUUUUUUUUUUUUUUUUUUGAUGUGACAGGGACGACACUUAGCUCCAUCUCUCUUCCCCCUCCCGCCCCUCCUCCGUUCUUUUUUUUCUACAUUAAAGAGCCCCUUCUCCCAAAAAACCCCCCCCUUCUCUCUAACCCCCCCCUCAAAAAGGUUUGUUAAAAAAGGCCCCCCCCCCCCCCCCCCACCUUAGGGGGUUUCGUAGAUGAUUAUUUUGUGGUAUUACUUUUAGUAGUAACAACCUUCAGAUUCAUUUAGAUAAUCAAAUCUAUGUAAUGGUAAUUUGUUUCUUAGUUUUCGAGCCACACUGUACCCCUGUCCAGACACAGCAGCAGAGAGACGGGAAAUGGCUAUUGGAGUUAACACAAGGAUUGAAGAUCUUCAACAUGUAAGUAUGGAAAAUACCUACUUCACUAUUAAACCUGCACUCCAAAUAAUGAAUGAACUACAGGUAACAUUGAUCAUCAUCCACUUUGUUACUUUUUUCUCUUUUGCUGCCCAAAGUAUUUAAAUCAUUUGCCCCUGGAGACUUUGCCAAAAAGCUAGUUGAGCGGUUUUGGUUUUCUGGUCACUGCCAUGCUAUAACAAAGCUGUUUACAGGUUGUACACUUCACAGCGUUCUGAGCUAGAUGCAAAAUAUUAGCUUGCGAAGUUCGGGCAUUGGCAGAAAGCAAAAUUUCGAGAUAGUUUUUGGGUUUAAAAGUUACACAGCAGUCUUGACUUGUUCUUUUCACUUUCUCUCCUUCCCUCUUUUUUUCGUUUUUCUUGCCUCACUUGUUUUUUUCUCUUACUGGGCAUUUAGUAGGCUUCCCUUUGGUGGGAUAAGUUUUUAGGAAAACUUUUAGGAUCUUACAAUUAGAUGAAAGGAAAGGUAGGUGGGCAGUGGGAAAAGAAGCCUUUUUCCCCGGUGUCCUUGACUGAAUGGCACUCAUUCUGGUAUGGUUUGAAAGAUCUCUUCACUCUUCAUGAGUUAGCAGACAAAAUUAUCCUUGACCAUUUAAACUGAUGACGUCACAAUCGGUAGAAAGGACGUGGAUCUGCAUGGGCGGUUACGGGCGGCUCAGGGGCGAAUGUGUUAAGUGUUUGAUGGCAGGCUUACUGUGUGGAAGGACAGACCUUCACAAGGGUCUUGUUAGAAUAUACUGGAGCAGCCCUGUUUGGAUGGCAACCUCGCCAGUUGGCUUUGUCUCUCUUAUCCCUCUCUUUUUGUGUAUUUGUUGACUGAAAUGCAUGUUAGUAAAGGGGCUUUGUCAUUGCAAAUUACGGCAAAGUCAAGUUGAGAAUUUCUCAUAAAAGAAAAUGAGCAGAUAAAAGCAGCUCAAAACAAUAUUCUUUUGGACAAAACAAAAUGCGUGAAGCUACUAAUUUUUAUGUGUCGAAAUAAUGAAUAGUAAAUAACAAGUAAAGGGGAAACUUGGUCACAUGGUACAAAUUUUGCAUUUGCCAUUUGAUGUAAACGUGAUGCUUAACCUCUCUAAUGUACAUACCUUUAUAAGGGAUGGAAGGUACCCUUCUAUAUUGUGUCCAAGCUUAGUGCAGAUACGUUUAUCAUGUAUCAGGGAGGUGUAUUGUAUUCCUCUUAUCUGCAACAUUUUACAUCAAUUCCAUUGUUUCACGUUAUUUUACUAGUCUUUUUUCUUGGUAGGUGCUCAAUGAAACUCGUGAUCACCGUCAUCGCCUGUUGUUGACUGUGGCUAAGAACAUUAAUCAAUGGUUUAUCAAGGUAAUUACAAUGUUAUUCAGUAUUAGACAACGUCACGCUUCUUUGCUCAAAACUGUCUUAAGCAACUCCCCUUGAGGAAAGAAAGACUGGCUUUUUACCAAAGGGUCACUAAAACAGUCUGCUUUGGUAGAGUUUUGAUUUUGUUUAUUAAGUGUAACUACAGUGGAAUUAAGCGGCCACCUAUUAAGCAGCAACCCCUUGUAAGUGGCUAGCUAUAACAAUACCGAAAAUAUUUUCACUUAAAAAAUACAAAUAAAACCCCUAUUAAGAAGCCACCCCUUUUAAGCGACCGUGGCUACCUUUUGAUCAUUCCGAUGAAGGUUUUUCAUCGUUUUUGACUCCUAUUAAGCUGCCACCCGGAAUUAAGUAAGCGUCGGUUUGGCUUUGUUUUUGAUAAGGCAAUGGCAGAUAAGAAGCUGAAUUAGAAAGUGAUGACUGAUAAAUACACUUAAACACACGUUUAUUGUUCUCAUUACAUGGUUACAUGUUUACUAACCAAUUAAACCGACUGUAAAAAUACUCAAAAUGUAAAUGCGGUGUUCAUGUUGAGACCUUGUCACAGGAUUUCCUUAAAAUUGGUUUUGUACAAUUUUUAAAAGUUUCAUUAUGUGCAACAGAUGUUAAAAGUCUUAAAGUAUGCUUGCAUUUGAAUAAUGUUUCAAGUAAGUUUCAGACCUAUUCCUGACGAACCUUAUUAAGUGGCCAACCUCUAUGAAGCGGAAGCGACUUACGGUGUAAUAGGGGUUCGACUGUAGGAACACAUUUUUGGGGAGCAACAUGACAGCCACUCAGUCCCUGGCUGACAUUGUUUUGAAUACAUUGGUCUUUGUGUCACAGUCUGUAUUGUGUGGUCGGAAAACUAAAGUGAAUAUGCUGAAAAGGCUUGCAGCCCAGAAGUUUUACUGUAUACUGUAUUGAAUUAAUGUAUAAAUAAGAAGGCUGGAGAAUUCAGUGUUUGAUUUAAUAUUGUCAUUUCUAGGUAAAGAAGAUCAAGGCCAUUUACCACACUAUGAACAUGUUCAAUCUGGAUGUGACUCAGAAGUGUCUCAUUGCCGAGUGUUGGUGUCCUGUGAGUGACUUGGACAGGAUUCAGCAAGCGUUACGUCGUGGCACAGAGCGCAGUGGUGCUGCCAUACCAUCUAUCCUGAAUCGCAUGGCUACUAAGCAGGAACCUCCAACUUUUAACAGGACCAACAAGUUUACAGAGGGGUUUCAAGUCAUCGUAGAUGCUUAUGGCGUGGCUAAUUACCAAGAGGUUAACCCAGGUAGAGAAGAUUAGCAGAUAUUGGUUUUUAAACAUAGACCAGUGAUACUCAAAGUGUGUACAGCUAUUUCCAAAUUCUUAAUUUACACUGUAAGUAGUAGACUUGCUACAAGUCGACCUCUCAUAAGUUGUUAAAAGUGAGUGAAGCAAGCUUCAGUGCACGUGGUCUUGCCGGGUUGGAGCUAGCGACCAAGUCUCGAGUCGGCUUGUUUUACCUGAAUGGAUUUGAUUCAUAUUAUAAAUGCACGUGGGGAAAAAAAUGAUUGACAUAUGCUGUGUCUGGAGCGGCAUGAAAGAUUUAUUAGUCACUGUGCUAUUGAUCAGUUGUCACGAUGUCACAUGUAGAAUUUCAACUGGUGAAUUUCGCACCAAACAGGUAUGAAAAGUCCUUUGAAAUAGCAUAACCAACCAGGAAAAAUAUAGAGGACUUUUAGAAUGUCUAUGUAAGUAGCUUUUCAUUCAAUUGUCCAAAUAAAUUUAAUCUUUUUUUGUUUUGUUUUUUUUACUUUCUUCCGACAAACAGCUCUGUUUACCAUCAUCACAUUUCCGUUUCUUUUUGCUGUCAUGUUUGGGGACUGUGGCCAUGGCUUGAUCAUGUUCCUGUUUGCUUUGUGGAUGGUGUUUAAUGAGAAGAAACUGAAAAAUUUCAAUGGAGGAGAGGCAAGUUUAUUGCUGUUGAUGAAAGUAACUAACAUUGAUUUGUGAAGCUGUGAACAAAUUGUGUCGAGUAAACUCAUGAAAAUCAUUACAAAGAAAAUCCCUUGUCCAUGAGGAUUCUAGCCAAAAUGACUGGUUUUUGAAUGGAAGGCAUUAAUUUAUUGAUUCUGGGGGAAUUUAAGGUCCCAAAUUAUUGAAAGCCAGAGUGGUUUUUUUUUAUUAUUUUAAUUUUUUAUUAUUAUUAUUAUUAUUAUUAUUAUUAUUAUUAUUAUUAUUGUUAUUAUCAUCAUUAUUAUUAUUAAAAGUAAUACCGGUAAAAGUAAAUUGUAACUAUUUUAUACUAUAUAGAGCUUCAAAUUUAAACCUUAAAAUAAUUUGAUCAAAAAGGUUAGCUUUUUCGUCUUUCUUCGGUGCCGCAUAUUUAUUCGAUAAAGUCAGGGUUCGUGGUUGUCCACUAAAGUGAGAAGUGAUUCCAUUUCCUUUUGUUGAAAUGGAUGGAUGAAAAUUGAUUGCUCCUUUUGAUAUGCAAAUCAUGUCCAGUGAGAUACAAAUCAUGUCAAAGAGAAAGUAAAAUCAACUAUUACAGCUGAUUCUUAAGUCAUGGCACAAGCCGAUGAAUAAAAUGCAUUUACAAAGAGAGAUACGAAUUGCUGUUACUGAAAAGAAAACAACAACUUAAUAGCAGCCUGCAAACUACUAAGCUGAAACUUUAUUCAUGUUAGGCCCCUUUCAAACGUGGAAUUUCUUAUGUGUGCCGAACACCUAUUUAAGUCAAUGACAGUAAUUAAAUAUGGCAGUUGAUUCAGACAUCCGAUAUGAUGGUAACUCAGUGUGUUGUAAAUAUUCCCAGUCUCUAGAAAAAAAUUUUAUCCAUUAUGGGUAAGGGUUUCUAUAAUAAGUACAUUAUAUGUGGCACAUGUGAAAUGCAACUUAUAAAUCAAAUGUUUAACCUAAGUUGAAUUUGCGAAUGCUUCAGUCACAGAUUUGACAAAGUCAUAUUUAAUUUGCAACUGUCAAAUUCAGUUGAUUUAGACAUCCCAUGUCAAAGUAGUUACCUUUCGAAUUAAAUUAGGCACAUGUGGAAAUCAAUUAUUGAGCUGGAUAAUGAUAACAGUGUCCAGUAUUACUAAAAAUACCGGUAGAUAUACUAUCAUGAUACAUACCGCAUUUUUUAUAUUCCUGUAAGCUUUGCUUUCAAGUUACCAGGAUGAUCAUGGCAGUUAUGUACACAACUUUUGCAGUUGCGAAAAGAAAGCCUGAAAAAAAUUCAGGCUUGUACGGGAUUCGAACUCUUGACCUCUGCGCAAUACUGGUGCAGCGCUCUACCAAUUAAGCUAACAAGCCAACUGGGAGCAGGCAGUUGAAUUGGUUCGUUAUAAACCCAGGAAAGGAUGAUGAUGCGUAUAUAACUGCGAUGAUCAUCCUUCAUUUAAUUCUUCAAUCCGCAGUUCACAUAAUAUGAUUUUCAUGUAAUAUUCAAAACUUCAUAAUCUUUACUAUAACUUUUAUUUAUUUACUUAUUUAUUUAUGUAGUUUUUCUACUCUGACAUGGUUUGCAUGUACCUGCCAAUGAAGACUCACAACCUUUAGUUUUUGUGCCACAGGAAACUAAUAUCUUAAUAUCAUUAUUUGUCUUGGCAGAUCUUUGAAACCAUGUUUGAAGGUCGAUACAUUAUUUUGUUGAUGGGUUUAUUUGCUGUCUAUACUGGUCUUAUUUAUAAUGACUGCUUCUCCAAGUCCUUCAACAUCUUUGGAUCUUCGUGGGAUCUCGAUGUAACGUGGCCAGCAAUUAGGUAAGCUUUGUAAAUACCUUAUUACAUGAAAUAGUCCUGACACAUUAAUUUCAUGAAUUUCGCAAUACAAAAAAAUUGCAAAAUCUAAGUGACGUGAACAAUGAGUGUCGCGAAAAUUAAGUGACUCACAUUAUGUCCACAAUCAAGAAAGAGCGAGUUUAUUACCACUGAAACGUUUACAAAAUCACAUUUUUUUUUACUUUUCUGAGGAAUUUUCAGUGUAAAUGGAUGUUGUGGUCAAUUGACACAAGAACAAUAACAUUAUUCAUGUACAAGCAUGAACUGCUUGUGGACAUUGUGAGAACUGCUUUGUUGUUACUGUUGACAUUUAGUCCUGCUGUGGAGUUUUUCUGAAUUUUGACUUUAUUGUUCCUUUGAUAAAAUUUUUUUUUUUUUUUUUCUUAAUUCAAAGACAUGUUAAAUAACCAAUAUUGUCUAUGAAAUGUAAACAAUUAUUGUUUUACUCAAAAAUUAAGUGUCCCAAAAUAUGCACACAUCAAAAUUGCUAAAUAGACAGGGGAGGACGGAGGAUUUUGUGAUAAAGGGGGCAGGGGUUUCAGUAAGCACUGACGGCUGACAAAAUGCACCGGCUACUUUGCCCAGAGUAGUUGGCUACUUUUUUCUAGAAGAAAGAAGCAACUAGUCUACUUUGAAUAACAUCGUAACCAAAAAUGCAUCAUAUAAUCUGAAUGAAAAUGCAAUUAUGUGUUUCCAUAAAGGCCCCCUGGUGUAUACUUUAGUCCUGUGAAUGCUAUAUUUCAGUCAGUUUUUCCCAAGUUUCUUUAUAGGUUUGCACAGAAUUUGUUUAUGUGCAAAAGUGCGUAAUUUAGAUUUCAUCAUUUGUUCUGUGGCUGAUAGAUUGAAAGUUGAAUGGAUUAGCUACAUUUUCUUGAAUGAAAAAAGAACCACGCUCUUUUGUCCUCAAUUUAUUCCCCAGAGUGCUGGAAAUCGCAUUUUUGGGCUUUGUAAUUUCAAAAUUUUUUGAGGGUUCAUGCCUCCUGACCCCUGUAGAAAAAGGAGACUUGUUAAUACAGUCGGUAACUCUAUUCAAACCCACUGGCUACUUGUAUCUUUAUUGAAACUACUGAGGGGGCCUAGAGAUAUAGUGUACAGUGGCAAUAUGGCCCAUCUGAAUUGUGAACGGCACACGAGUUUCGGGCACAUGAUCCUCUGGGAAAGUUUUUGAGAUUGAAAUUCUCUGAGAUGCUAUCUAGUGCAUUCUGGACGCUUAAAUUUAGCAAAUGCCUGGAUUCCAUUUUGAAUGUAAUGCUGAUAUAUUUUAUAAACCACAGGUGUGGUUGUGGUCAAAGAAGUAAUUAACACUCUAUGAUACUAGCAGGGGUAUUCUUUUACGAAAUGUAUGGAAAGCAGUCUGAAGAACUUAUAUGUGGAUAUUGGACCUUAAAGGGUUAAGACGGAAUCCAUCAGGAAAUUGGGUAAUUUUAAUUUUCAGUAGACGAAAACCUUGUACCAGAAUAAUUUAACAAUACUGCAUUCUUUUUUCAAGGGCCAAAGAUGUAAUUAGUCAUCUGUAAUAAGACCAAAGAAAAUUUCCCAUUGGGAGUCCGAGAAAAUGAAUGUCAAAUUUCACAAUAAUUGUGAAAAAAGAGGUAAAAUUCUGACAAUUUCAUGUGUAAGAUGUAAUUUUGUGAAAUUUUACAUUCAUUUUCUUUGGCGUUAUUACAAAUAAUUAAUUAUAUCUUUAGCCUUAAAAAAUGUAAAAAAGAAUGCGAUAUUAUGUAAAUUAUUCUGGUACAAGGUUUUUGUCCACUAAAAAAUGAAAAUUUUUACUCCAUUUCCUGAUGGAUUCCGUCUGUAAAAGUCCUUUUUUUACACUCUAUUCGUCAGACAUCUCUCUAGACACUAAAUGCCAGUCCCUCUUGCCAAAAAAAGAUCUUUAAAAAAAGCCAGGUAGCAAAUGAAGAAUUACCAUUUAAGAUUUAAUUCUAAAAUUACGUCUUCACUUUCUCAAUUUUUUGACAUUGUUUUUUGUGUUGUGUUAGUGCAAGUGCACUCGAUUCUUAUGCAGAAAGCGAGACUAUUAUGCUUGACCCUAAGCAAACAUAUGUUGGAAUUCCAUACUACUUCGGGAUAGAUCCAGUAAGUACAUGUCUGUUUUCUUUCUGUGCUUAAGGCACUAAACGUACACAGUCUGCAUUAAUUUGAAUUAAAUUGCUAUAAAUAUGCCGUUGCUUAUCACUAUCUGUUGUUGUUGUCAGAAAAGUGUUAGCCUGAGAAAACAUUUGUUUCUCCUUGUUCGUCGUAGCUGGGCACGUUUCGCACGGAGGAACAUCUGGAACUCAGCGCAGCAAUUCCAUACUGAUGAUGCAAAUCAAUGUUUACAUAAUAAAUCCGGUAGUCAUGGGGUUCCAAAUAUAAAGUUGUCCAAUUUUAUGUGUCUUCUGGUCGAUUUUGGUAAAGUGUUGUGUUCAUCUGCCAAAGAGCUCAAGCAAAACUCAAAUACUUCUUCUCGAGAAGACUAUAUUCUACAAAUAUUGAUGGUUUGGUUAGAGAUUCUUCACAUUUACAUUUGACCUCUGUGGCCUUUUGUCUUUUGUCUGUCAAGACUGUCAUUCGUAAACAAUAGCUAAAACAAUGUAACUACUCCGUCGACCAAUCAGCGCUUCUGAUCAGAUUCCGGAUAGAUUUUAAGUCAUCAGUAUGGAUUUUCUGUCGCUGAGUCGCAGACAUUCCUCCGCGCGAGACGUCCCCAGCGGCGAAGAGCAAGGAGUUCAAACAGAUGUUUUCGCAGGCUAGAAAAGUGUGUUAAUUAAUAGUAUUAUUGUUAUUUAUGUACUCUUUUUUUUAAUGGACUAACCAGUAUUUGUUUCGCAGAUCUGGCAGAUAGCCACAAACAAACUUACAUUUACCAACUCCUUUAAAAUGAAGAUGUCUGUUGUGUUGGGUGUGGUGCAUAUGAUGUUUGGUGUCUGUCUGAGUUUCUUUAAUCACAGGUGAGUAUUAACCACAGAAUGGCCAUACCCUGCUUUUCCCCAAUUCUGUUCUAUGAAAGAGAGGGGGGGGGGGGAGGGGCUGUUGAAGAAUUUUUAUUUGCCAUGGGGUUUCUUCCACAGGUUCAAAAGAAAGGACAACAUGGUAAAUGAUUAGAACAAUGGGAAAGUUUUUUUUUAAUAAAAAAAACAAAAUAUUUCAUCUAAAUUUUUUAGUAUAGUUGGUUUGUUUGUUGUUGUGGUUGUGUGUUUUUUUUUUUUUUUGUGUUUUUUGUUUUUUUUAAAACAGGGGAUAGUAACAACCACAGACUGCCCUACCUUUUUUUUUCACAUAUUGGUUGGGGGGAGGGGGGGGGGGGGGGGGGGAAGUGCUGUUGAAGAAGUUUCAUUUGCCAUAGGAUUUCAUCCACAGGUUCAAAAGUAAGAGCAACAUGCUAAAUGAUUAGAACCAUGUGAAAGUUUUAUUUUAAUGAUAAAACCAUAAGAUUUCAUCUACAGGUGCAAAAGUUCAAACUACGUCACAUCUCCAUAAUUGGCUCUGGGAACAGAAGUUUUAGGAAGACUCUUUGUUUGUUUGUUUUUUACCAGCGUAAUGAAUGCAAAGAAACUGCCCAACUUUUCCAGGCAACUUGACACGUGAAAAUUCUUGUAUAGUAUCCAUUUUAAUCUCUAUGUGGGCUCACUGCUGGACCAAAGCCUGCAGUACAAAUAUGUUACCUGAAUUUUAUUUAUUUAUUUUAUUUAUUUUUACUUUGUCAUUUCUUGUUUCAGGCACUUCAAAAAACCUCUGAACAUUUUUGCAGAGUUUAUUCCCCAGGUAAAUUGAAGAGUGUAUGGCCACAUUUCCUAAUUAUUAUACAUAGUAGAACUAAGCAAAACAUUUUAUUAUAAGUGUCAUAGAUGUUUAAAACGUACGUUUUCAUGAUAUUGUUGUCUCAGGAGGCAAUUUCCACACCAUGAGUGUUAAUUAACAUUUAAAUGAUAAGCUAAUAAACAAGUUUACCUCUCUAUAAAUCUGAUGUACUCUUGAUAUUGGUGAAAAACCACCUUGAUAGUUGGUGUCUGUUUGACCUUUCUUGUUCACUGCCAAGUUUACAGUGUGCAAUUUACCAUAUUUGUUUUGGUAUUCUCAAUAGAAUUAGUAUAACAAGAUGGCCCAAGAACUGUCAUGCAUGUUGAUAUUACACUGCUGUGUUGGACUACGUGUUGUUUGCGUGGAACUGCACUGAUGCAAUAAUAUUUUAUUUGUACUGUCUUUGUUUUGUAGGUUCUGUUUCUGUUUUGUAUUUUUGGCUACCUGGUGAUUUUGAUAUUCUACAAGUGGAUUGCUAUUAAUGUGCACAGCCCACAAGUAAGGCUCAAUGACAGUCUUAAAUAAUAGUUUUAUUAUUUGUCUCUCAUGAUUUUCUUUACCAAGCACCUCUUCAUUAUAUUACGUCUUUGGAGAGUUGGUUGUAAGAUUUUAUGAAAGCAAGAACUUUCAAGUCUAUAUAUGUACUCUUUUCUUCAGUGGUCAUGAGCAACGUUCUACAGUGUAUUUGAUGCCCAGAAUGCUUGAAAAUAAAUGGCAUUUUUAAGCUUCCAUUUUAGUACUUUCCAGAGGAAGGAGGGGGGGUUGAUUGAGGAGGAAGCCUGGCUACAGAUCCCUCGACUUGUAUGUUGGCACAAUAUGCAAAUUUCGUAUUCCCAGGCGACCUAGGGCGAGUGCUUGUUUUCGCGCGAAAGCGAGGCUAAUGCGGGUGACUUCUUGGCAAGAAGACCAACAAACAUGAGAAAACUGCAGCUGAGUUACCGGAAAAUGAGGAAAUCUUAAAGGUUUAAUGUUUCAAUGGGCUCCAAACUUACUUAUAGGCUUAAGAAAUCAUUGGGAAGGAAGAUCAGCUCUUCGUCACCGAGAAAAACAACGAGCGAAACCAGAAAUUAUGCGAAAAGUGGUUGGUGAGUGAGUUCAAUAAAAAUGCGAAGAUGGUCUCAAAAAAGGAUGGUAAAACCCUGAAGCCAUUUUAAUGUCCAUUUUCAAUGAUCGUUAUAACUUCUUUAAGGAAGCCUUCAUUGAAAUGUGGAAGUUAUCGAAAAAAUGCAAUUUAGUAAAACAACUACUUUUCAGUUGACAUUUUCUAACGGAAGGGAUGAAAUAUCUUGUGUAUUUGAAAUAAACCGAACAAGUACGCUUGGUGGAAAAAUAUCUAUCUUGACGGGGCUGAAGUUCUGCAUAGAUUCCUUUCACUGUGAGGAAGUGAAAUCGGAAUGGACAAAGGCGAUAUAAGUUUAUUUGUACAUUUAGCUUACGUCGUUUAUAAAAACAUUCAGCCACAUGUAGAAAAACGAUCGACGUAUGCACAUUUCACUCGAUGAGAAGUUGAAUACAGACUUAUUAUACAGAUGGUGAUGCUAUUCCAUUUUACAGAUAUACACACGAGUAAAACAGGAUAAUAAGAAGUUUGAAAAUAGAAGGGAAUCGAAUAUUGACUUUUAAACAUAAGCUUAAUUUACCAUUUUCAAGCUGAAGUUUACUUCUUCUUUUGGCUUCAGUCGUGGCUUUUUUCAUGUCUCUGUUAGUUCGACCAGCUCUUGCCAUAGUUUCGCUGUUUGAAACAGAUAUCGCUUCAGCGGACUGUUAAAGUUUGAGCUUUGAAGUCUUAUUAGUUUCAUGAUUUGUAUCGUUUUCCAACGACUCAGCCGCAAUUUGCCUAUGUUUGUUUUUGUUUUUUCCAAGAAGUUGACCCGCAUUAGCCUCGCAAUCAUGCUCGUUCCAGGUCCGUCAGAGAAUACGAAACUUGCCUAAUGAUCAUUUUGCGUUAAACUUAGGCUGCUUACAACUGGCCAGCCCGACCAAUCCAGUUGACAGAGAAUUUCAUUAAUGUUAUUUUAUCAGGACUAUCCACUGAGCCAGAUUAAUCUACAGUGGAACCUUGAUAUAAAGAACCUCAGUAUAAUGAAGUCUGCAUUACAACGAAUGAUUUCCUUUACCCUAAUAGUAAAAUAUUUGAAAAAGAACCUCCAUAUAAUGACUCCUAAUAGCAAACAAAUUUCACCAGUCCCUUGGCCCUACGUCUUAGUUUUGCUUUGCGUUAUUUUCUUCACUUAUAUGUGUUGUCCGCGACUGUGCUCACACGGUGGGUGGCUCCUCCUAAAUUGUUCUGCAAUUGGUAUAGGAUUUAAUGGAGCCGAAACCAAUAAUAUUGUGGAAUUGCACGCAUUUUAGGUAUCCUACUGAAGAACAGUUGGGACUCGUAGAUAUAUUUUUUAGCAACUACUAUAAUUUGCAGUCUGUCUAAUUUGAAUUAUACCGAGGUUCAAACAAUUUUUAUAAAAAAAAUAAAAAAAAGUAUGUUAACGACUUUUAAGAAAAGACUAUUAAAUUAUUUCUUUUUCACGUUGGCCUGUCCAGCUGGCCAGUUUCGACUUUUGGCGAAUUCCCUGACUUUUUGCUUUCCAUUUUCUUUAAGCAACCAAGCUUGUUGUUAGCUCUGAUCAACAUGUUUCUCCAGUUUGGCGGAACCAUUCAAGCGAGCGACUUAAUUUAUAAAGGACAGGUAAGCAAGAGACACAAGUUCUAUUUUCCUAGAUUUAAAAUUGCAACACGUACCAGGUAAAAUGCUAAGCGAAACAAGGAAAAAGAAAACCUUGUGCAGUACAAUUUGCUCUCAAGCAAAAAUAGCUACAAGAGAACGAUUGAUUACGAGUCUUCAUAGCCAAUAACGUCACGGCUUAACUGACAGACGACCAAUAACAUCGCGACGUAAUUGAUCAAUGAGAUCAAUAACCAGAGUAUAAUACCAUCAACUGACGUGAUACAACUCACUUUGACUCUGAAGAUGACUACCUCACAGGUUGUCGAAACGUCAGUCACUGUCAACAACAACAGUCCUAUUUAGGACUACGUUCACCCGGACGAUCAAACUCAACCUACUUUUGAAAUGACUCUUGGGUUCAAACCUUUUGCAAUUCGCUUGUUAUUAGCGUACCAUGUAAGCAUAUUGCACUAAGCAGCCUGUAUAUUGUUGUUGCUGUUGUUGCUGUUCCAGAUAGACUAGCCUGCAUACCAGGCAGUUUUUGUGGUGAUUGGUUUGUGUUAAGUAACAUAAGGGAUACAGCCGCACGAAAGGUGAACGAAGAUUAAGCAAGAAAACGAGGGAGAGAGGGCAAGGGGAGAACCGCCUACAUUCAACCCCAUGAGAUGUUUGAAACUCCGUUUGCCAGCCAACAGAGCAAAUGGCUAAUACAAUGUCAACCAAUUGUCAGUGGAUGUCAAACAUUCUCAGUGCAUUCAGUAGUACAGUACCAAGGGAGUAUGCUGUUGAUGCAAAUGUGACCUGUUUGGGGGCCAAACAUUCAAAAUUUGAGGUCAAGUUUGAAGGCGGUUGACUAAGUGUUUACUUACUAAGUAGAUUAAGUAGAAUAUGAAUUAAAAAGAUUGCAUUUAGUAGCAGUUGAAAUGGUGUUUUGCUGGGGGCCUCAACAUUCUAAAGUUAAUUGUUGGAUUCUAAUAUUGUGUGGUAAAGGAUUCUUGACAAAAGGGUUUGUGAAGAUCAAAUACGUACUGAUAAGUAGUACCGGCCUCUUCUGUAGGAUAUUAUUCAGCCGCUGUUGGUAGUUGUAGCAGUUCUGUGUGUACCCUGGAUGCUCCUGGUGAAACCAAUCUACCUACGUCGCCAGCACAAGGCUAAGAAGGAUGAAGUAAGAUACUUAUUAAAUCAAAAGACACUUUGCAUUAGGUUUGAGUAGUGGCCUUCGAAAUAAGAGAAACAUAUCAUGAAAAAAGUAAUUUUUUAAGAUCGCAACUCAAAAGCUAAUUGUCGUGCAGAAGUUUUACAUCCAUUUUAAUAGCUACUUUUGUAUACCAAAGUUGAAUACUAUUGAUCUCAUGUUUCGCUGUUCUCAACGGUCUUUGCAUACCUCUUAAGAAAAGAGUUUUCUUCAGCCAUAUAUGGUUGGUUCAAAGGUUCGUGUCUGCAGGUUUUGAAUUGGUAGAUUUUGGUCCCCCUUGUUCUUCUUUUUUCGUCGUUUUAUGUUAAGAUCCUAAUCUGGUGUUCCUGUGACACUAAGGCGGAAAUGUUCGAGCUUUCAUUGGCAACUUCAAAUUAGCCGGCCUUAUUAAUUUUAUCAGGGGCACCUCGGCUGGGGAACUGGACUCUUUUCGACUCAAUUUCGUUUCCGUAAUUUUCCGUAAGUUACUAUAACGCGGAUCCAUAAUCAAUGAUAACCUCUAGUCAGUAAGGUUUGAUUGGACUUACACUUAGAACCUGAAGUUGAAGUCUGGAAUGUGCCUGUUAACCAUUUGGUGCUUCCUCUUUCCUUUCGGUAAUAGAGAAAUAUGAUAGUUUUGAAACAAAACUUCCAUACUGGCACCCUGGAUUUCAUAAAGUAGCUUAAAAAAAAGAAAUGCAGCAAUGAAAAUGAAAGUAAUGUUCAUGUUAAACACUUAACCCUAUCCUACACAGAGUUACAGAGUUUUGGAGUCUGCCUUCAGACUAACUGUCUGGUUACGUAAAGGCCCAAAGUAUUUUCAAUCUCGGACUCGUUAACUGGGACUCAUUUGUUCUGGACAGGGACUCAUUUUUCACUUGAUGAGUCCCAGGACUCAACUUUAACAAAAUCACUGAAUACCAGUGCAUACAGAUGUGUUUUGUACUUUUGGUUGUGAAAAUCCUCUAAGGGUCAUUUUAUCAUGAAAUGGUCAAAUGUUCUUAACAGAACUCCAAGGGACAAGAACCAAGUGUCUGUUUUACAAUGGUUCCUGUAGCCACUGUAUGAAGUUGGGUAUCUAAGGGUUAAAAAAAAUUCAGUAACAGAAAUAAUGGCUGUAAUAGAGCAUGUAUAUUGGCCACUUUGAGGUUGUGCGGAAGACUGGGUCAAGAUGGUUGUCAAGUGCAUUGUGGGACUGUUUUGGGGGACGAGUUUUCAAUAUGGCGGUAAAUUUGACCCCCAAAACAGUCCCACAAUGCACUUUGACAACCAUCUCGACCAGUGCAACUUCAAAGUGGCGAAUAUGAAGUUGUCGUUUGAUGUAAUUUGUUUAUUAAGCGUUAGUAGAGACUGAGUUGAAUUCUUAUUACCAGGGUUUUCAGAGGCUAAGAUCAAGCUCCCCCAGCCCUCCCCCUGUGGCAGUGAAUUUGGGCGAUUCAGCGCUUGAUGGUGGUGAAGUGGUUCAUCAUGAAGGCCAGUCAGUGGCAGAACAUGGGGAUGAUAUCCAUGAGGAGGUAUAGCAAAGUUCCCUCAGUAAAGACUGUACCCAUCUAAUACAAUCAGCUAGACUUUUAAAAAAGUCCUUCGUCGGCGCGGGGCGACUUCGUCGCUUGCGGUCGGCCGCUUCGCGGCCAAACAAGGCUCGCUCCGCUCGCCAAGAGGUCGACUUGUAGCAAGUCUAACAAUCAGCCAGCUGACGACCAGCGCGCUGAAGUAGCUGAAUAUCGUGAGAAUAUCAAAAUAUUUAUCUUGAAACGUGAUAACACAAAAGUAUCAAAAAGGUACUCCCCAAUUCACACCAAUUAAACAUGUUUAAUUAAAUCAGCCUGUCAAAAAUGAAAAGCAGUAAUAGAAAACUGGAACACAGGCUACUUUGUACACAGGAUUAAAAUGAACUUCAACGCGCUGUUUAAUUUCCAAGCUUAAGUCUGAAUAGGACAAAAGAAGUUACGAUAGAAGCUACAAUAGAAGUGAGAAGUAAGGAGAUUAUUGAACACUCCCCAGCAUGGCUUUUCAUUGAUACAAGACAAAGGUAUAAUGCAUAAUGCAUUGAGAAGUUAACAGAAAAAAUCAAAACGACACGAAAAGGCCUCUCUCCCUCUUACAUAGCUCUCGACUAAGUGAUUGCCUGGAACAGGCUAUAAUGUACUGUAGAAGUAUUUAACACCUUGAUAAGUAUCGUAUCUCACUUGUGUCUGCAAAGACUAUCUUUCUCAAUAAAAACUUGUUUGUGAUCAGAUGAGCUUUACUUGGAAACUGUUUCCCUUUUUUUUCUCACACUUUUUAUCCGGUCUUUUUUUUUUCUUUCUCAGUUUGACUUUGGCGAGAUCAUUGUACAUCAGGUUAUCCACACUAUAGAGUACUGCCUUGGUUGUAUCUCAAACACUGCAUCUUACCUGCGACUUUGGGCGCUUAGUCUUGCUCAUGCAGGUAAGAGUACUGACUUCACAUCCCUAACGUGGCCGAACAUAGCUAUUCUACAACUGCUUUAUCCCUUUACUGUGCGUAUUAAUAUCUUUAUAACGAGGUUUCAAGUACUUCAAGUACUCUUCCGCGCCAAUAAGCUUAAAAAGAAAAAAUGGAAUGGUAAACGUAAGCUGAGAUAAAUACCCAAAAGUUGUCAGCAAAAAAUGUUUUGUUUUCGUCACCUUAGACAUGUCACGUAAUCUUGGCGUGCGCACAGGUGAUGGGCAUGCGUAAUUAGGAAGCAAAGUGAGAGGGUUUGUUUUGUUCACUUUCGAUUUCAGGUAAUGUAAAACAGGUAAUAUAAAACAAUCGAAAAUAUCUUAAACACAUGAAAACAAAAAUUAUGCGAAAUUGCCUAAGGGGCAGCCCGGGGGAAUAGUGGGCGGGAGAGGAAAGGCCGGGGGUGGGACCUGCUCUAACAGAGUGGGAAGCGGGGGAAGAAGGGGGAAUUACGGUAAACAUUAAUUAUUAGUUUACUUUCCAUCACAGAGUUGUCAGAAGUGUUAUGGAGCAUGGUUCUUCGUUUGGCUCUGAGCAUGGAGGGAGGCGUUGGAGUUGUGGCAGCGUAUGCAUUGUUUCAGGCCUGGGCAGGUCAGGUUAUUCUCCUAACCCUUACAAAUUCUCCACACUGUACUCUAUAGGCGAAUCUUUGUUUACACUUUUUGCCUCAUUAACAUAUUCUUAUCACUAUCCUGAUGACACUAAUGAAAUGAACACUUUGAAUAUUGAAAGGGGAUAACAGUUUCAGUUAUCUCUGAAAAUUUGAGCCCAAUUCAUGGAGUGGUUUCGGAGAAAUCCUCCUCUAAAAACACGAAAUUUUACUGAGAAUGUAUGGCUCGUUAACUUUUUUGCCACACAGCAAUUUUGCAGUUUUUGAUGGCUAAUAUUUCCUUCAAUAUUGCUUGUAUAGAGCUGAAAAUUGCACAAAUUGCUUAACUUAAUCAGCUCUUUCAACUUUUGCAUUUAGUUCGUAUACAGCUAUUUCGAGAAAGGUUGUCGGAAAAAUGUGCACGCGACAAUCCCGAAAGGUAAUAUGGGAUAUGAUCAAUACACUGUUUCCGACGACUGUACCUGUCGAACCUACCUUUGUUGCUUUCCUUUAGCACUCGCAAACACAUUUCCACGGCCUUUCGUACCAAUUCUUUCAAAUUUCUUUAAAGAACAGUGAACUUAAAACCACCCACAAUACCUUUCGGGAUUGUCGCGUGCACUUUUUCCGACAACCUUUCUCGAAAUAGCUGUAUACGGCCACGGCUUCUAUGAGUUAAGUCGUAUGCUAAUGAGGAAAAAUGUAAACAAUGACGUCAGCAAGGAUUCGCCUAUACAUUUCUAUAAGGAAUAAGUCGAGAGAAUUCGAUAAAAGAUCAAAGCAUUUUUCCUUAAGUGAUUUUUUUAUGAAUCCUCGCAACCUAUUCUUUUGAUAUUAAAUGGCUGUUUAUCACUCUUGAGUCUUAAGGGGUUGACCUGCUUUUUUUUGGACGGAACCAUUUCACCCAGACUACUAGGAAGUGGAAAUAUCAAAAUUACCGCCUCAAAUAGUGUAGGAACAUUUUUGAUAACACAGUAAGUACAAAAAAGGCAGGGAUGGAAGAAAUUGAAGAAGGUUAAAGCGGAUUGCAGUCUUUCCAGCUUUUUCAAAGUUUCUCUUUACUGUAUCACAGGGUUCGUUGAAAGUUUGUCAAAUGAUAUUAUUCACUGUAGUAUGUAUAAUCCAACACAAUCCGUGACAAAUAAUAUCUUUCAAUAUAAUUAUAUAUCUUCGCCACUGGCCGCCUUCUGCCCACUCACCUUCCAGCUUGAUUAAGGAAUCAAAGGUCGUUUUUGUUUUUGUUUUUUUGUAUUUUAUUUUAUCCUGUAAGGCAUUUGCCGGGUUGUAGCUUCUGUUUAUUGUAAUACCUUCCGCGGGGCUAUGUCUUGUGUGUGUGAAACUUUGAUGUGAUGUUUUAUUGAAAAGAGACAAUCUCGUAUUGAACAACACAUAGCAAAUCACAGUGUGCCUUAGUAAAAAGGAUGAUAUAGCGUAAUGUUUUAUUGACUGAGUUCAAUUGUUUGCAGUGUUGACUGUUGCUGUCUUGCUGAUUAUGGAGGGAUUGUCAGCUUUCCUGCACGCUCUCCGUCUUCACUGGUAAGUUGUUGCUACAACAGUUCCCAAUAAUAAACUUAAUGCAUAGCAGAGCUGUCACUAAUUUCAGCAAAAUAGCUGAGUUAGUAGAUAAGUUUUUUGAGCAACAGGAAGUCCACACGCUCGAGCGUUUCCCUGUAUCUCCAACAUGAACCAUCUAGGAUCCUGACUCUCGGUGUGUGUAAACGGCAAGCACCCAAGCACUAUGUAGACUUUCAAAAAAGUUCUUUUGUCUCGUGAGGUCGACUUGUAACAAGUCUAAAGCAUUAUGUUACCAAUCACCCAUUUAUGCUCGUAAAGAACUCGGUAAGGGAAAAUUGCAACAAUUGUCGUAGUUUACGAAACAUUGGGGGUUUGCUCGUCCCUCGCGAUUCUCAAUUGGAAAACUGCGUUAAAGCUUUGGUGGUACCUCGUUAAGUCUGAAGGGUUUUUCAGCAAAUUUCUGGGGUUUUCGUUUCUUCCACAACGCUGUUGCUCUAAGUGCCUUUUUUUGUUUUUCUUUGUUUCUGCGACGCGGAAGGAUCUGCUGACAUUUUUUUCUUCAUUUACUUGAUUAACCGUUAACCGUUAACCGUGUGUAUUAACUUUUACUCUUGAUUUCUCAUUGCACUUUUUAAUUAUCAUUUUGAAGGGUCGAGUUCCAGAACAAGUUUUACCAAGGAGCAGGCUACAAGUUCCAGCCUUUCUCUUUUAAGCUCAUAAUAAGUGGUCAGUUGGAGGAGUAA